AUGACAAACAGCAGCUGGAGCUACUUGUAUCUGCUGGCAGGAUGUGGAUAUGCCAAGUCCAACUGCACGACACGGCGAUGUCUGGCUGAAAUGCUGAUCAAUAGAAACUAUUCAUCUCAGCCACAGUAUGAAAACUGCACCCAAAUAAUACAUGUGCCGUUUAUUGAGUAUCAAACUCUGUCUGUUGACACAAAACAUCUCCGCUUAAUUACUCGUCUCCUAGCCAGAAUUGUAUGGAGAGAUCCUGCGCUGAAAUGGGACACAUCAGUUUACCGAUAUGAUCAGGUGGUCCUGCCAGUAGAUAAAGUCUGGACCCCAGAGCUCCAUGUGACAAAUGGAAUAGUAACAACUAUGAAGCACAGUUCCCAUGAUCUGCUGGCGUACAGUAACGGCACCGUGAAGCACACAGUGAUCAUAAAUGCAGAGGUGAACUGCGAAGUCAACCUAUUCAACUACCCAUUUGCUGCUGAUGAAUGCCCCGUCGCCAUCCAGGCCUGGUCCACUGACGGAUGUGGUACAGAGUUGGUAUUGGGUGAUGUGAGGAUGGUGGACAGCACCCAUGGAGACUGGAAAACUGACUUUGUGUCCCUUCAGAAAAAAAGAAAUGACCGCAAUUACAUCAUGGUGGGAUUGAGCAUCAAAUAUGUGAACCCCUUCAUAACUUUAAUGCUGCCCAGUAUCUUGAUCAUUUUGGCCGAUGUGGUCAGCUUCGCCCUGCCACUGGGAGGCGGUGAGCGUAACUCUUUCAAGGUCACUCUGGUGCUCAGCUUCACCAUGUUCCUCAUCAUCCUCAACAAUCAGCUCCCCGGAGACAGCUACUGCAGCCCCAUCAUCCGACACCACUUCUGUAUUUGUCUGAUCUUCUUGGUGUUGAGCAUGUUGGUGUCCCUGGUGCUUACACGGGUAGCCAAAGAUGGAAGCCUCAUUUUCUGCUGCUGGUCCAAAGGGUCAGUCCUUGGAAACACAGGAGACAAGGAAGAGAACGAGGAUGAGGAAGCCAAAGAUGAUGUUAGUGUCGCUCAGCUCAGUGCCUCAGACAGUCAAAUGCUCAGAAAGGUGAUCAACUUCCUGGAAAAUCUUGAAACCAAGGAACUGGAUCAGGAGAAACGUCAGAAGCUUGCCAACACACUGGACAAGAUCUUUUUCUGGUUCUAUUUCAUUUUUUGCGUUAUAUACUUUAGUGUCAUGAUUUGUUUGAUGGUAAGUUAUAGAUGUGAAGUUGACCAUUUUGAUUUCUGGUACUAA